AUGGACAGCAGCUCCGACGAGGAAGGCAUGGGGCAAUCCGUGGUCAGCAUCGUGCAACGUGAGUUGGCAGCGGUGUGCCGGCAUUUGCAAGAUGGGGAAUCGCUGGCCCACGGGCUGCUGGUGACGGGUAAGGAGCUCACCAAGAUUUGGGAGAGUGACGACCUGAUGGAGAAGUUCCAGAGGUUAAGCACCAGUUGCGGGGUGUUGAUCGCCUGCCGGGUCAGUCCCUUGCAGAAGGCUGAGCUGGUGCAGUUCAUCCGCGACAGGGUCCAGCCGCAGCCCGUGACGCUGGCUGUGGGAGAUGGCGCCAACGAUGUGCCAAUGAUUCAAACUGCCCAAGUUGGAGUUGGCAUUGCCGGGAAGGAAGGCCGACAGGCUGUGAACAACUCGGACUUUGCCAUUGCCCAGUUCAGAUACCUGGAGCGGCUGCUCUUGUUGCAUGGGCGUUGGAACUACCGACGCGCCUGCAUGUUCACCUUGUUCACGUUCUGGCGAAACAUGGUACAGGUGCUGAUGAUAGCGUGUUACACCUUCAUCUCUGGGUUUUCUGGCACCUGUCUUUUCGAAGAUUGGAUUCGUCUCACCUUCAAUGGCGUGUGUACCAUGCCCAUCCUUCCUCCGGGAUGUUUGGACGAGGACUUCAAGGAGGAGGUGGUGCUGAAGCACCCGGACCUGUACCAGGUGGGCCCGCGCUCGGAGGAUCUGAACGUUGGGAAGGUGGGAAUGACUAUCCUCGUGGCCUUCUUGCAUGCCUCUGUGCUCCUGAUCGUCACGGUGCUGGCCUUCCCGGGCCUCGAGUCCACUGGCUCAGGUGACUACUACACCUUCGGCACCAUUUGCUAUACCUGCUUGAUCAUCGAUGUGAAUUACCGUGCAACCUUCCUGUCCUCCAGGAAGAGCAGGAAAUACACCGCGCAGGUGGCUUUGCUGGCCUUCGGAAUGUACGUGCUGUGGCUGAUGUUUGACACGGGGUGGCUCUGGGUUUGCAACAAGCUGACACCGAACAUGUAUUCGGUACCCGUGCACAUGAUCAAGAACGCGUACUUCUACUUCUGCGUCCUCGCCGUGCCGCUCAUUGCCUUCGUUUUCGACAUGUUUUUCCACUGGUUUUACCACCGGAUCUACAACCCCGACCGCGGGGACCUUCUGCAGAAAAGGCUCGAGGAAAAGGAGCACGAGGGAUCUUCAGACGGCUUUGACUGCCUAGAGAGCUCAGAUGCGGAUGCGGAAUCUCAAGUGUCCAAUGCAGAGAUGCAAGCACUGAUGAUAGACUGCAACAGUGCAGAUCUGAGCCCCGAUCUCUUUUGUUCCAUUCCCUACCAUAGACAGGUCAUCAUUGUGGCGCUAGCUGGCUGGCUGGUCCUGUGGGCCUUCGCGGGAGUUUGCUACUGGCAGUCUACCGAGAAGACUCAGCUGCGUAUCGUCUAUGACGAAAAUAGCACCAAAGGCAAAGGCGGCUCUACUUUUAUAGAGGAUCUCUUCCUGCGAUAUCCAAUUGGUACAAUGCCGGAUGAGACGCAUUCUGCGCACUGCACACCACUGCCAGGGUCCAAUGAGAAGAGCUGCGAGCUUACCGUGACGUUGCCGCACGACAUCACCGAUCCGAUGCUAUUCUACUCUGUAGGUCCGAUUUAUCAGAAUGAUAAUGCAUACAUGAAGUCAGAAGUGGUUCAGGAGCUCUACGGCCAAGAGGCGCCGGCCGGGAAGAGAGAGCAGAGGUGCCCAGAACGUGUGCGUGAAUGGGACGGCCUCCCGCUGGUGCCUUGUGGGUUGAAGGCUCAAAGCCUUUUCAACGAUACAUUUGAAGUGGUCGGGCACACGAUCGAUCACACCGAUAUCGCCUGGCAGCAGGAUAUAGACCGAUAUGGCAACACAUCGGACUACCCGCAGCCGGACAAAGGGCGCUGGCUCUUCCAGGUCUUCCCAGAGAGCAUCUCCAAAGAGCUCAAUGUGAAGGACGAAGACUUCGUGAACUGGAUGCGGCCGUCAGCUGUCCCCAGGGUUUGGAACAGAGUCGGGUUCCUCACGGAAACCUUGUACGCGGGUCAGACCUACACCAUCAAGAUGCAAUCUCGAUUCAACGUGGCCACCAUACCCGGAGGAUUCAAAAGCUUGGUGAUCACCGAGCACAGCGAGCUCUUUGGCACACGCCACGACGGCUUCGCCUAUGUGCUGGGGUUUGCUGGGUUGAUUUGCCUUCUCAUGGGCCUCGCGGUUGUGCCGCUGAAGAGGUUUGUGUGA